UAAUGGAGAGAGACGAGAUGCGAAAACCGGAGAACGAGGGUAUCGAGACAGGGGGAAAUGUAUCGGCGGUUUCUCGGCCCGAUGGAUCGGAAGUUCGUGGAAAAAAGCUGCCGCAGUACGUGGCCGGGUUGUCGGCGAGUCUCGGUGCAUUUUCAGCGGGUUUGGUCUACGGUUGGACGUCCCCGGCGGGCGAAGACGGAGCGAAUCUCAUUUACGCUUUUGACAUCGAUUCCGAAGACUUUUCCUGGAUAAGUUCGAUCUUCAACGUCGGAGCAGCGACCAUUUGUAUUCCUGUAGGUAUUCUGACGAAUGUGAUGGGCCGUAGAAGGUCGAUGCUGCUGAUGACGCUGCCGUUCACGGUCGGCUGGGCGUGCGUGAUAUGGCCGAGUUCCUUGGGGCUCCUGAUCUUCGGUCGUUUCCUGCUGGGCGUAGGCGGGGGUGCAUUUUGUGUAACGGCGCCGAUGUACACGGCCGAAAUAUCGGACACCGAGACCCGGGGCAGGCUCGGCUCGUAUUUCGAGCUGUUGUUGUGCGCCGGAAUUUUGGUCUCUUAUGCUUUGGGAUUAUUGCUGAACAACAUGCAUGUGCAGUCGUUGAUAUCGGCGAGUGUGCCGCUCAUGUUUUUCGGCAUAUUUUUCUUCAUGCCCGAAACCCCGACGUAUUACCUGAUGAAAAACGACGAGAAAGGUGCGCGCGAAACGCUCGUUUGGCUGCGAGGACAAAAGUACAACGUAGAGUCCGAAAUGGCCGAGCAAAGGAAGACACUCGCCGACGCUCGAGUCAAUCGAGUCCCUUUGUUGACGGCCCUCCGUUCUCCCGCCGCUGUCAAAGGCAUUUUCAUCGGUUACGGUCUCAUGUUCUUCCAAUGUUUCAGUGGGGUCGAUGCCAUUAUAUUUUACGCGAAUACUAUUUUCCGCGAUGCAACAGGCCACGAUUCUCAAUGGUCGACCAUCGUCACAAGCUCGAUGCAAGUUACAGCAGUUUUUUUAUUCACCCUCGUCGUUGACAAAUGGGGCCGACGUCCCUUGCUCGUGGUUUCCGGCACGGCAAUGUUUCUCUCGCUUCUCGUCCUCGGUGUUUAUUUUUAUCUCGACAGUAAUGGCAGCGCGAUUGUCGAAGCGUUUCGGUGGCUGCCGAUCGUCUGCAUCUCAGCUUUCAACAUCGCCGUUUCAUUUGGCUUCGAUCCCAUACCCUGGAUGAUGAUCGGCGAAUUAUUCUCCCCCCAAAUCAAAGGCAUCGCUGGAAGCAGCGCUUGCUUGUUGAACUGGCUCAUGUCUUUCCUCGUUACCAAGUUUUUUAGUGCUCUCAAAAAACAGAUUGGAGCGCACGGUACGUUCUGGAUUUUUUCUGGCAUCUGCGCUCUCAGCGUCGCUUUUGUUGUCCUUGCUGUACCAGAAACUAAGGGCAAAACCCUCGAUGAAAUACAAAAAGAAUUGGCCUCAUCUGCCACCGGUGAAAACACCGACAAACUGGAUCCUCGUGCACCUGAUGACGAAAAAUUGAGACAAAAGGACACUGCAGUCCUCGGAAUUCAAGAACUAACUACUCGCAAGUUACGAUGACUCUUUUCAUCUUCAACCAAAAUAUUCAGAUAAGCGUCGGCCUCCUGACGACGAACGUUAGAGACAAAACUUCCGACCUCGAGAUCGACGGAUUGUGGAAUUUUGAAAUUUCUGAUAAAAGUUUCAUCUGAUUGAAAUUAAUAUUAUCGCUUAAGAUAAGGUAUGGAAUGUACUUCGUCGUUGUUAGUAGAGAUUUUACGAUUUAUCGUUCAAUCGAUCGAGCGUUAGAACGAAUGAAACGCCGAUGACAGUCGCCUUUGACGAGUCAUUAAAAAACGUCAAUUUUUAGUUUCUGCUGUAAAUAAA